GUAAAAAAAAGUUAGAAUCAAGCAUAUCUAUUGCAAAUCAAUUAGAUAGAGGUAAAUACUUUGCUUGCUGUAUUCAAGAAUGGGCACAAAUUGUCAAAGAAGAAGAUCCUAUUCCAUUUUCAAAUUGUGGUUUGCAUAGAAAAACAUCAAGUUUACUAGAUGAUGAAGACAUCAAUUAA